AUGAAAAAUCAAACAAUUACCGCCAUAUUUGUUCUAGUUGCAAGCGCUCAAUUCGUCUUUAUACUUGGACAAAUUUCGUUAACGGAACGUGCGCAGUUAGACUUUGCGGUAAGUUUACUGCAAAACGUUGCGGAAAGCGACAAAUCAUCCGUUCUCUCACCAUUUUCGGUUUCAACUUCACUUUUUAUUGCUUACCUUGCAGCGGACGGUGAAACGAAGCAGCAACUGCAGAGUGUCCUUGGAAAAGAUGCUAGCAUAUCAGAAUUCCGACUUCAUUUUGCUAAACAACUGGCUUAUAUCGCAAGGGCAGGAAGCAGAAAUUACACGUUAACUGUAGCAAAUCGUCUUUACGUACGAGAGGGACUCAGUGUAAAAGAGAGUUUCCAAAGAGUGCUCAGUUUCUAUUACAGCGACUUAUUGCAUAAAUUUAGUUUUGGACAAAGAAAUAGACUUGUUCAGCAAAUCAAUAAUUGGAUUUCGAGUAAGACAAACAAUAAAGUUAGAAAUAUUAUAACAACGCGUAGUAUCACCGAAGAUACCAGAAUGUUACUUAUGAAUGCAAUUCAUUUCAAAGGCACCUGGACAGUACAAUUCAUUGAUUUUGCAACUAAACAAAAGCAAUUUCACAUUUCUGAAAAUGAAGUGAAACUGGUACCAAUGAUGUCAAAAUCGGAUACAGUUCCGUAUUACGAAGAUGAUGCUGUGAAAGUUAUCAAAUUACCUUACAUUGGUGAUGAAGUAGAGAUGGUUAUCAUAUUGCCAAGAAGACGUUUCGGCUUAUCCGAUGUACUGGAAAAUUUGUCAGGCGAAAAGCUACUUAAAUACGUCAAUGAAGCAACGAACCGAAGUGUUUCCAUUAAAUUGCCAAGAUUCAAAGUGGAAGAAAAACGAAAUUUGAAUAGUGCUCUGCAGGCAAUUGGCAUCACAGAUGCUUUCAGCGGAAAUGCUAAUUUCGAAGAACUUUUUAAUAACUCACUUCCAAUUUCUAUUGGCAAAAUUAUUCAUGCAGGUUUCAUUGAGGUAAAUGAGAAAGGGACAGAAUCAGCUGCUGCAACAAUAAUUGAAUUAGAGGAUCGCAUGGGUUCAUCGAGAAAUUUCAACGCUGAUCAACCAUUCCUCUUUGCAAUUGUUAAAGACUUAAAGACAGUUUUGUUCCUAGGACAAUAUGUCAAAUAG